CAGCCUUGCACUGCAGCCACAUGGCCCGAAGCUCAAGAUUGCUUGCCAAAAGUUUCGUGGCAUCGUCAUCAUCAUCCCUACGCACGCCGGGCCUUGCGAAGAACCGUUCAACGCUGCAAGCAAGCGGACCACGCCGUCGGAAAACCGCAAGAGCGGCCCAAUGUAUUCCAUGACGUUUACAGCAUCAUCCUCCUAAGAUAAUAUCCUGCUUGCAUGCGGCAUCUCUGCUGCUUCCCUGCUCCCGCGCGCCCGCCAUGGCGGCCCAGGGCGCGACUUUAAUCGAAUCCCUGGAGCAGCUGGUCUGGUUUCUGUGGGAAACCGCCUCGGAGCGGCCUUUUUACUUUUUGCUGGCAUUCGUCAUCCCUCUUCUCGGCCUUGCCAUAUUUUGCGUCUACAUUCUCCUCCAUCUCGUCGCCCCCAAACCGCGACUACCCUUCCCUUCCGAGAAGACCUACAUUACCACGAAUCCCGAUGGCACGGUCUGCGCACCGCGCCCGCUCCCCUGCUGGUACGACCGCUGGCGUGCCGAGGGCAAGCAGAGCCAGGAGUACCCGACCAUCCCCGCCGGCUUCCCCGUACCCGAGGAGCCCACCAUCGAGCCAGCCGAGGUCGAGAUGAGCGUGGUGAUCCCGGCAUACAACGAGGAAGCCCGAAUUACCGCGGCGCUGGAAGAGAUGGUCGAGUAUCUGGACCAGCAGUUCGGCCGCCCCAACAACCACGGCCAACUCCUCCAGCCACAAGAACGCCAGGAGAAGUCGACCCAGAAGGGCGGCAAGAAGAGCAGCAAGCGCGCCACCACACCGCACCGCCUCGUCUUCAAGCCCGACUCCCCGGGCAGCACCUCCCGGCCCACCUCCAGCAGUGGCCCGUCCGAACCGCCACAGCCCUCCGGCUACGAGAUCCUGGUCGUCGACGACGGCAGCCGUGACCGCACCGUCGACGUCGCCCUCGCCUUCUCCCGCAAGCACGGCCUGCACGACGUCUUGCGGGUCGUCAAGCUCGCAAAGAAUCGCGGCAAGGGCGGCGCCGUAACCCACGGGCUGCGCCACGUGCGCGGGAAGUACGCCGUAUUCGCCGACGCCGACGGCGCUAGCCGCUUCAGCGAUCUCGGCCGGCUGAUUGAGGGUUGCGAGGACGUGGUCGACGGCUCCAACCGCGGGGUGGCGAUCGGGAGCCGAGCGCAUCUGGUCGGAAGUGAGGCCGUUGUCAAGCGCUCCGCGAUCCGCAACUUUCUCAUGCGCUCCUUCCACUUUGUCCUCAUGAUCCUCACCCCGCCGGCGACCUCGCGCAUCCGCGACACGCAGUGCGGCUUCAAGCUCUUCUCGCGCGCCGCCCUGCCCCACAUCGUGCCAUACAUGCACACCGAGGGCUGGAUCUUCGACAUCGAGAUGCUGAUGCUCGCCGAGUCGGCCCCCGCCACCCCCGUCCUGGCCAGCGACGGCUCCGUCAUCGGCACCAGCUACGGCAUCAAGGUCGCCGAGGUCCCCGUCGGCUGGCACGAGGUGGACGGCAGCAAGAUGAACCUGGUCCAUGACAGCAUCCGCAUGGCCAUCGGCCUGGCCGUCCUGCGGGCCAGCUGGAUGCUGGGCGUGUAUAGGAGGCGCCUGACUUGACAAAGAGAAAAGAAACCCUCAGCGUUGGGGGGUGUUGCUUUGGAAAUCUCGGGCGACCUUAACUUUUAAUGUUCAAGGCUCACGUUCUUCAGCUCUUCCUCUCGCCUCUGCUGCUGUUGCUGCUGCUGUUGUGACUUCCUAAACAGUUUUCUUUUUGAGACGCGCCUAAGUUCAGACAAUAUAGAUCAUAGGAAGCUUCCAGGCCCCCUCC